AGUGGAGAAUAAGAAUUUCUGCAAAAAUGUAUGUCACUAGGCCUCUGUCGAUGUACAAAAAGUCUCCUGAGGAUCUCUCAUUACCCCCGCCAGAGGGUCCGAAUUCUGGCAUCUUGGUCAUCCAAGAUGAAGAAGCAGAGACUACAUGUUGCUUUGGUUUAUGCAAAUCCCACGAGCUCCUUGACAUGCCUUUACCUCAGAACAAGAAUCUAAAGCUUCGUUAUGUUACCCAGACGGGACAAAGCCAACAUGUUUCUCAUUUCUAUACCGCCUUCAUUCCGGUCCUUAACCAGCCCUUGGCUUCCAACCGUUACUACGCGAUCCAGUCGCGUGGAAAGCUUGAAGGGCAAGCCUACACAUGUUCAACAGAUGAGAACUUGGGAACCUGCUGCUUCUGCACUUAUGUAAAGGAUGUGCCGUCACAGCCGUUCAAUCCCAAUAACAUUUACCAGCAAUAUGAGAUCCAGCAGAAACGAAGAUGCAAUCAAUUUGGGGGUUUUGUUGCCAAAUCCAAGCUUCAGACGGGUACCCUCCAAAAUUUCUUGGAAGAAAAGGGUGGGAAAUACGCACCUCAACUCCCCGUGACUUCCAUUUAGGUGAAGCGCUGGGUCUAGACGCUAAGCUACGCGCCCGUCUUCCAGAUUUCAACUUCCCAUUAUCACUUACAAGCUCGAAUCCUGUGGUUGUGGGGAAGUGGUAUUGCCCCUUCAUGUUUGUUAAGGAGGGAACACCUAAAGAUCAAAUGAGUAGGACAAGGUUUUACGAGAUGACACUUGAGCAAAGAUGGGAACAAAUAUUCGCAUGUGACGGUAUUUAUAGCGAAGGCAACGCCGUGGUGGUUGAUGUUUUUGUUCAAAACGAGUCUGUUGCUGUUGGUGGGAACGCGGAAGCUGUGCAUGAGGAGAUGGAUGUGGCUAAUGGGGUUAUGUGGUAUAGGGGUUUAGACAAUGUGGGGUUGAGCUUAAGAAUUGUGGAGAGGAUGAAAUGGGAGCAACAAAGGUUUGGAUGGUUUGGAGGGAACGAGAGGCAAGUAAGAGUGAAAAAAGUAGAGGAGUUUGGAGGGGUGUAUAAGUGGAGAAAAUUUGGUUGCUAUGUUUUGGUGGAGAGGUUUGUGCUGAAAAGAAUGGAUGGAAGCUUGGUGCUAACUUACGAUUUCAGACACACACAUCAUAUUCGGAGCACAUGGGAAUGAAAUUUUUGCUCCCUUUGGUUUGUGAUUGAAAAUUUCAUUUCAUUAUGUGCUUUUAGUGAAUGUAAUUAAUCGCUCGAAGUAAUAUCCUUUCCAUUAUGUUUUUUUUCUUUGGACAAAAAUCUUGAUCAUUGUAUAAGUAAUAUGAGUAGUUUCAUUUCACCUGUGUUUGUAAUCUGCCCUUUUUAAAAUAAAGGAUGUAUUUCUUCA